AUGGAGGCCUACGCUGACGAGGUUGGAGCUCCGAACUCGCGGGAGACGGUGGACCUCGACGAGAGAGUGAGUCGGUUGGUGAUCCUCUGGACCAAGAAACGCUCGGGUUCUCCGUCGCAGGCGCCGGAUUCUUCAGUUUCGACUUCGUCGGCGGCGGUGGCAGCGGUUUCUGGGGAUGGAGGCGGAGGGAUCUCAGAGGCAUUUGAGAUGAAGCUUAUCAUUCAAACCUGUAAAGGAUGCCCAUAUAACUCUUUUGAUGAUUGGGGAAAAUGUCCAUGGCCAAAAUACAUAUCGGUACUAGGAGAAACUCAAAAAAACUGCGCAUUAUUAGAAUUUGCAAUUUCCUUGGUUUAUGCCGACAAGAAGGUCUAUAACAAUGGGGAUGUGUAUGAGGGAGAGUUUCAUAAAAGGAAGUGUUCAGGGAGCGGGGUGUAUUAUUACUAUAUGAGUGGGAGGUAUGAGGGGGAUUGGGUUGAUGAUAAGUAUGAUGGGUAUAGGGUGGAGACCUGGGCGAGGGGGAGUCGAUAUAGAGGGCAGUAUAGGCAGGGGUUGAGACAUGGCUUUGGUGUCUAUCGGUUUUAUACGGGGGAUGUGUAUUCCGGUGGGUGGAGUAAUGGGCAGAAUUAUGGGAUGAAGGAUGCGAGAUUGAUGUUUUGA